AUGCACAGCAACCUGGCGGAUGGUUCAACACAAUUCCAAUCAGUACACAGCUACUACACUGGUGUUAAGCUCAAUCUAAUAUCAAAGGGCUGCUUCAGAAAUGUAAAAGGACCACUGAAAUCAGAUACUCUAAGCUUCCUUCAAUCUCCAAUUGCAAGUGCACAAUAUGAACCUCUAAAAUGGUCACAGCCUGUGCCCAUUUCACGCAGCAACCUCACGCAGAGAAUGAACUAG